UGGCAACGUGUGUGUUUACAUCGGGACCGUGUGGAUGUUGUGGUGCGGAUGUGCGUCAAAACAGUAAACGUUUGAUUGAAGUAACAUGGAUAGGUGCGAAGAUGAGAGCGAGAUGGACACCGCAGAGGCUUUGAGCAGCGAUUCUGACUCAGAUGAAGUUGAUGAUGCCGUUGACGAAGAACGACAGAAGGAACUAUGGCUAAAAGUGGAGGAAUUUAGGAAGCAGGUGGAAGAAAAUCCCUUGUACUAUGAUGGGCAUGUGAGCUUGAUUACAACACUGCAAGAACUGUUUGAACUUGAAGAAGCAAGGAAGGCCAGAGAGAAGAUGAGUGAGGUAUACCCUCUUACACCAGAAUUGUGGCUACAGUGGAUUCGGGAUGAGCAGAAGGUUUGCACAACUGAUGAGGAACGACAGUAUAUUGUUGGUCUCUUUGAACGAGCUGUGAAAGAUUACACCAGUGUGCAGGUGUGGGUGGAGUACGUGAUGUUUAUGCUGGGUGGUGGUGAUAUAGAGGCCACUCGCAAGGUGGGAGACCGAGCUCUCACUGCUGCUGGGACACAUGUGGCAGAGGGUGUUCUGGUAUGGCAGGUAGUGCUACUUGUAGAGAAACAGGUGUACAAUGGACUACAGAGGCCAGGAGCAGUGCUGUCUGAACAGGAAACAGUUGACCUGGAGAAACAGCUUCGUAGGAUCCAGUCUCUUUACAAGAGGCAGAUGCGUGUCCCUCUGAUGAACAACGACUCUGAUAGCCUGCAGGAAGAAGCCUCAGAAUACUUUGAAGAGAACAUUGAAGAACAGAUGAAGGAAGACAUUAAGAAAGCUGAACAACGACUUAAAGACAAGAUCCCAUUUGAGGAUGAAUUACUGCAGUCAAAAAAUGAAGCUGAUAAGCUGGCAGUUUAUCGCCGUUACAUCACUGCCAUAAGGGAGUCAGACAACCCAGCUGCUGUUCAGAGUUUGUAUGAGAGAGCAGUGCUGGAUUUGUGCCUUGUUCCAGAUCUAUGGGAGGAGUAUGUCACUUUUGUAAUACGUCAGUUUCCUGGACUGGACUAUGUUGUUUUGCCUGUAUGUGAGCGAAGCCAAAGAAACUGCCCAUGGUCCUCUGCACUCUGUGAGCUCCACAUAACAGCACUGCAAAUGUUUGCUGUUGAAGGAGAAGAAAAAGCUACAGCAGCCUUGAUUAAAAGGGCACUUGAGAAGGGACUUGGCUGUGGCCUUCAGAUAGGAAGUGAUGCCACCCGAAUGUGGAUGGCUUACUUGAUUUUCCUGCGACGACAGAUCAAGUGGGAUCAGCCUCAUGAGGAUCAGCUAAAUUUUUUCAGAGAAGCAGCACAGCAAGCAAUAACAAUGAUUGAUAAGUAUUUUGGUGAUGAGGGAGACCCAGAGAGUCAGAUCCCUCGUUUCUGGGCCCGUAUUGAAGCACAGUUUGUGAGAGAUUGUGAAAGAACAAGAGAAAUAUGGAAUGACAUUAUAAUGAAAAGGAACAAUAAUUUCAAAAGUUCCAACUUAUGGCUAGAAUUCAUCAAUCUUGAGAGGAGCUUUGGUUCAGAAAAGCACUGCCGCAAACUGUUUCGGCGAGCCCUGGAAAGGGUUUGGGAUGAAGUGGAAAUCAUUAGUUUGGCAUACCUUCGUUUUGAACAAGAAACAGGAGACCUCGAAUCAAUGGAAGAGUUUAAGAAACGCUGUGAAGACAGGAUGAUAAUCGUUAACAAGAAGAGGGCUGAAGAUGCAGCAAAAUUAGAGGUAGCAGCUUCCCCAGAUAAUGAAAAAGGCAAAAGUGUAAAAGAGAAACGUAAGAAAAAUAAAGAAGGCAACAGAGAUGUGCCAAUGAAGGAGCACAACCAAAAUGGCAGUUCACAGGACAACAAGUUAUUCAAGGUUCCUCUUCCAGUCUCCAAAUCCAUAAAAGAAAAGAAAGGUGAUUCUACUGCUAUGUCAAAAUUAAAAAAGAGCAGUAAUUCAGAGUCUGCCAUGGCUCAGGAAAUCCCUAAGGUUGACUCUCCACCUGGAUUCAGGGACACAGUGAAAGAUGGUAAUAUGGAAGUGAAGCCAACCAACACCAGCCAGCAUGGGGAUGUAGAACCUCCACCAGGCUUCAAGGGAGAAGUUCCUCAAGCAUCAAAGGGGUCAAAGAGGCAAGCUGAAGACUCAAAAGAAGCUCAAGCCAAAAGAUUAAAAGUGGAGAAGCAGCAUGGAGUUCUUACCAGGGAUUCACCAUUAGAUGAGAUGUGCACUCUUUUCAUCAGCAACCUGGACUUCAAAACAAAUGAAAAGGAUGUCAUAGAAUUCUUUAAGAGAUGUGGAGAAAUUGUAGACUUCCGACUGGUGAAAAACUACAAGUGCCUCAGUAAAGGCUUUGGUUAUUUGGUCUUCAAGUCACAUGAAUCUGCCAUUAAGGGAUUAGAUAUGGAUCGCACUCCCCUCAAUGGAAGACCUGUCUUUGUGUCACCUUAUGAUCCAGAAAACCAUACACAUAAAUUUAAGUUUUCAACAGGUCUGGAAAAAGAAAAAUUGUUUGUGAGUGGACUUCCACUGUCCAUGACUGAAAAUGAUGUAAAAGAAGCAUUUCAAGCACAGGGAGAAAUUAAAUCUGUCAGAUUGGUCACAUAUCGAAAUGGACAUUCUAAAGGCCUUUGUUAUAUUGAGUAUCAUGAUGCUGAGACAGCAGCAAAGGCUCAACAAGCAAUGAAUGGAAUACAACUUGGUGACAAGACGAUAUCAGUCCUUAUCAGUAACCCUUCCAUGAAAAAGAAAACAGAGGAUGUAGCCCCUAAGCAAGUCAUGUUAGGGGGGGGCAGCAAACCAAAGAAGGCUGGUCCAGGGAGAGGCAAAGGAAUGUUCACCCUAGUACCUAGGGCACUUAUGCAGCAGCCAGUAGAAGCCCCACAACCAGACACUUCAGAGAAAUCUGCCAAAAAACUGAGUAAUGAUGAUUUCCGAAAUAUGUUAAAGAAAUAAUUAGGACAUGGUUUUGUAGGUAAAUAUAACUUUACUCCUCCCCAAAAAAAGUAGGAUGACAUAACCAUAGCAGAUCAUUCAGAAACAUACAAAAUAGGUUACAAACUCAAUGGGGAUAAAAUUAUGUAUGUACUUACAAACAUAAACAUUUUGUCAACAUACUUUAUUAUGGAACUUGAAAUUUUUAUACUAUUUGGAAAUUUAUAUAUAUAUA